GUAGAGGAAGGAUGAAGAUUCUGUUCAUUCAGUACAAGAGUUCAAACACCAUGACUUCUGCACUCUUUGUCUGCUCUCUGAUAUGUUUGUUCUUGGGGCAAAUGGCUCAGGAGACUUCUCAGGAAGUGUCCGUCCGUCAAGAGAGACGCUUCAUGUCAGCUGAAGUUGGACACACUUUGACUCUGCAAUGUAUCUAUGAAGUUGGUGAUCCAGCAUGGCUUUACUGGUACAAACAAAGUCUGGGUCAGACACCCAGGCUCAUCUCUACGUUCUACGCGUAUGAAAAAAGGAUCACUUUUCAGGAUGAAUUCAAGAACAGUCGCUUCACAAUCAGAGCUGAAAACAGUGCAAAUUACUUAACUAUAUUUGAUCUACGUAUUUCAGACUCAGCCACAUACUACUGUGCAUGUAGCUAUACAUUUGUCAUGACUUUCAUGGAGGGCACCAUCGUCCAUGUGAAGGGUUCAGAUUUGAACGUCCCAGCUUUGGUUCUUCAGUCAGAAUCUGAGACCAUCCAGCCAGGAGCCUCUGUGACUCUGAACUGUACCGUCCACACUGGGAGCUGUGAUGGAGAACACAGUGUGUACUGGUUCAAAGACUCUGAAGAAUCUCAUCCAGGACUCAUUUACACCCAUGGAGGCAGGAGUGAUCAGUGUGAGAGGAAACCCAACACAGAAACAAAUACCUGUGUCUACAACUUCCCUUUAAGGAGCCUGAAUUCUUCUCAUGCUGGGACCUACUACUGUGCUGUAGCUUCAUGUGGACACAUUCUGUUUGGAAGCGGGACCAGGCUGGACUAUGAAGAUGAUGAGGGCUCUCCUGUUUUGGUGUAUGUGUUGAGUGGAGCUUUGGCACUCACCGUCAUGCUGGUUGUUUUCCUGGCGUCAUCAACAUACAGCUGUACAGACAACGGGACAAACAGCUGCCAGCCUUCAGGCGCCUCCAUUCCCAAAGCAGUGGGUUACAAAGAUGCAGGAAACAGAUCGACAACACAGAGGGACGACACCUGGACUGAAUGUGUGUAUUACACUGUCAGGCUGUAAACUGUGUGUACUUCACUGUCAGGUCGUAAACUGUGUGUACUUCACUCUCAGGCUGUA